GUCUGCGGUUAGUUUUUUCUUUCUCUCUCAUCAUCACUCUUUCCUUCCCGCUCCAGAUUCAUCGUUCUACCUCAAUCCCAACCACAAUUUUGGGGUUUAGGGUUUUUCUCCCCACACUGCUCUUCAAUCCCAAAUCCUCAUUCUUCCAACACCAUAGUUAGUUACAAUGAUGUACAAUGACCCUCAUAACCCUCAACACCAACAACACCAACAGCACCAGCAGCAACAGCAACAACAACAACAACAGUAUCAGCAACACCAGCAGCAGCAGCAGCCUCCGCAUUUUCACCAUCAGCAGCAGCAGCAGCAGUCAGGUCCCGGUCCGGAUUUCCACCGUGGACCUCCGCCGCCGAUGCCUCAACAACCUCCGCCUAUGAUGCGCCAACCUUCCGCUUCUUCGACGAAUCUCGGAUCGGAGUUUCUUCCUGGUGGUCCCCCUGGUCCCCCUGGUCCUCCUCCUCAUUACGAUGUUCAUAAUGAUAGCCAUGGUGCAAAAAGAAUGAGAAAGCUCACUCAAAGGAAGGCAGUUGAUUAUACGAGCACAGUUGUGCGCUAUAUGCAGAUUCGUAUGUCACAGCGUGAUUCCAGAGAUAGGACAGUACUUCAACCUACGCCGGCAGCAGCAAUUGAUAUGUUGCCAGCAGCUGGCUAUUCAGACAAUCCAUCCACAAGCUUUGCUGCUAAAUUUGUUCAUACAUCUCUAAAUAAAAAUCGUUGUGCUAUUAAUUGUGUUCUUUGGACUCCUACAGGCCGGCGUCUUAUUACUGGCUCACAGACCGGGGAAUUUACUCUUUGGAAUGGACAGUCUUUUAAUUUCGAAAUGAUACUUCAGGCUCAUGAUUCAGCAAUCAGAUCCAUGAUCUGGAGUCACAAUGACAACUGGAUGGUCUCUGGUGAUGAUGGGGGUGCAAUAAAGUAUUGGCAGAACAACAUGAACAAUGUUAAAGCCAACAAAUCUGCUCAUAAAGAAUCAGUCCGUGACUUAAGUUUUUGUAGGACAGAUUUGAAGUUCUGUUCGUGUUCUGAUGAUACCACAGUUAAAGUUUGGGAUUUCGCACGCUGUCAAGAAGAGUGUUCAUUAACCGGCCACGGUUGGGAUGUGAAGAGUGUUGACUGGCAUCCAACAAAAUCUCUAUUAGUAUCAGGUGGGAAAGACAAUCUUGUGAAACUUUGGGAUGCUAAAAGCGGGAAAGAGCUCUCCUCCUUUCAUGGCCACAAAAACACCGUGCUUUGUGUGAAAUGGAAUCAAAAUGGAAACUGGGUAUUAACGGCUUCUAAAGAUCAAAUAAUAAAGCUGUAUGACAUAAGAGCAAUGAAGGAGCUUGAAUCAUUCCGUGGACACCGGAAGGAUGUUACUACUUUGGCUUGGCAUCCGUUCCAUGAAGAGUACUUUGUCAGUGGGAGUUAUGAUGGUUCCAUCUUCCAUUGGCUUGUUGGGCAAGAUACUCCUCAAAUUGAAAUUUCCAACGCUCAUGAUAAUAAUGUGUGGGAUCUUGCAUGGCAUCCUAUUGGAUAUCUUCUUUGCAGUGGUAGCAGUGAUCAUACAACAAAGUUUUGGUCUAGAAACAGGCCGGGAGAUAGUGCCCGUGAUAGUAGAUAUAACAAUGGCAUUCAAGGAUAUGCCGAGCAAAAUCCUGUUGCUGGUCGUGUACCUGGCCAUUUUGUAAUGCCUGAAGGCCCAACAACUCCAGGACCAUUUCCCCCUGGGCUGAUGACUCGAAAUGAGGGUACCAUUCCAGGUGUUGGAGUUGCAAUGCCCUUAUCUAUUCCUUCUUUUGAUGGGUCUCAAGGGGAGCAGAAGCAGCCCCAUCCUGGUUCAAUAGGUGCUCCUCCUCUUCCCCCGGGUCCACAUCCCUCUCUUCUUAACCCCAACCAACAACAACCAUUCCAACAGAAUCCACAGCAGAUUCCACAACAUCAGCAACAGCUACAACAACAUAUGGGCCCUUUGCCUAUGCCUCCAAAUAUGCCACAGAUACAACACUCUUCCCAUUCCUCUAUGCUCCCUCACCAACAUUUGCCCCGCCCUCCCCCCCAAAUGCCACAUGGAAUGCCAGGAUCUUUACCAGUGCCUACAUCUCAUCCAAUGCCAAUUCCAGGACCUAUGGGGAUGCAAGGUACAAUGAAUCAGAUGGGCCCUCCAAUGCCACAAGGUCAUUAUGGGGGCAUGAAUCAAAUGCAUUCAGGAUCCUUGUCUUCAAGUGGAGGACCACCUAUGGGAGGCUUCCCAAACAAUAUGCAAGGGCCACCAAAUAACAAUUAUCCUCAAGGUGCUCCAUUUAACAGACCACAAGGUGGACAAAUGCCCAUGAUGCAAGGUUAUAAUCCUUACCAGUCUGGAAAUCAACCUGGGAUGCCUCCAAACUCACAACAAGGUGGACCACACUCUCAAAUGCCUCAAUGAAUUAAGGAAAUUGCUUUCUUUGUUUGUAGUUGCCAUUUAAGCUCGUGUAGUUUCUGUUCUUAUUUAUACCUUUUUGAAGUUUUUAAUCUGCUGCAGAAAUUUUUGUUAUGGGAAAUUCUCUUGUGAUUUUAUUCCUUUGCCUUUAAGAGGUUUCAUACUUUAGUUCUAGUUCAGAUUCAUAGCCGAUUAAGACAUACUUCCAUUGCUUAAGCAUAAGUUUAGUUGUUUGAUUCUGUGUCUGCUUUUGUAUAAAAAUAUAGGCAAAAUUGCUUUAAAGGUCCUUUAACAUUCUUUAGAUAUUCAGAUUCAACCGUUAUCUUUUA